AUACUAGAGUUAAAUUGGAGAUUGAAAACAAUGAUCCCACUUCAGAUUAUGUCAAUGCCUGUUAUAUCACUGGUUAUGGUAAUGUCAAAAAUAAAUAUAUAGCUUCACAAGGUCCAAACGAUGUUAAUAUUAACGAAUUUAUGCGGUUGAUAUGGGAUGUGAAAACAGGAAAAAUUGUAAUGGUUACCAAUUCACAAGAACUCGGUGUUGUAAAGUGUUUGGAAUACUGGCCGAUGAAUGGAAAAACUAAAUCGUUCAAGAAAAUCUCUGUGAAAGUUUUAGCGGAAGAUAUCUUUGCACACUUCACAAUAAGAACGUUAGAAAUAACUAAAGAGGGGUGGGAACCAAGGACCAUUAUACAAUACCAUUAUACAUCCUGGCCUGAUAAAGGUGUUCCUGCUGAUGCAGCAUCAUUGGUAGAAUUCAGAAACAAGGUGAACAAAUCACCAACUCCACAUCCUGGACCAAUGAUCGUACACUGUAGUGCUGGUAUAGGAAGAACAGGAACAUUUUUAGCUUUAGAUUAUCUUAUUGAAGAAGGUAAAGCUGGAGAUUCAGUAGAUGUUGUUCGGUGUGUAUCACGGAUGAGAACAGAAAGAGUCAAUAUGAUUCAGACAUUGGAUCAGUAUAUAUUUUUACACGAGGGAAUCUUAGAAUGGUAUAUAGCUGGAAACAUAACAACAUCUAUAGCUGAUUACAAGACAAUCUACAAAGAUCUGCUUAAAAUGCAAACAUCUGGAAAAUGUCUCCUGGAACAAAAAUUUGAAAUGAUGAAGAAGGUCAGUCCAGUGCACACGAAGGAUGAUUGUUAUUCAGCUUUGUUAGAUGAAAAUAAAAAUAAAAACAGAAACAGGGCAAUAUUAGCCAGUGAAAGCGUACGACCAUUUAUAUCAGCUAUUGAUAGCGGAACUGAUUAUAUCAACGCUGUGUAUAUACCUAGUUACAGAAAGAAACAAGCGUAUAUAUUAACACAGACACCAUUACCAGAUACUGUUAUAGAUUUCUGGAGAAUGGUUAUACAAACUGAAUCUUACAUAAUCGUAGAUCUAGAUCAUGGUCAAGAAAUAUCGAGGGAUAUAGGUCAGUAUCUUCCGGAAACCAAGCUGAUGUGCGGUGAUUUUUCUAUUACCAAAUCUAGUGACACGCAGAAUAAAGAUGAUUAUUCAAUAGUGGGCUAUAAAAUCGGAAGUGAUAUAGACGUAAAUGUAAAUCAAACAGUUAAAGUAUACGAAUGUAAAUUCUGGAACGAUCAACAACAGACACCAGAAUCCUUCAUUUCAUUGAUUAAUGUACUUGAACAUGUUAAGUCAAGUUACGAAAAUAGUAAUCCAUUGGUUGUUGUUUGUCGGGAUGGUGUUACUAAAGGAGGUAUAUUUUGUGUAUUGACUGCUAUAUUAGAGAGAUUAACAAUAGAACAAGAUGUCAGUGUAUUACAGACAAUAGUACAACUUAGAGCUUCCAGACCACAGAUUAUAACAUCUUAUGAACAACUCAAAUUUUGUUUUGAUGCGAUCCAACUUUACCUAGAAAAUUAUACUACUUAUGUAAAUAUAUUGUAAUUCAGAUAAUAACUUUAAUACUACUGACAACAAUUUUAGUCACAUCAUAUAAAAGCUUCUAGACGCCAUAUUGAAAGGUCGAGUAGAAUUGAUGACGUCACUAGCGCCUUCUUUGAUAUUAUUGUUUACAUUAGGCCUAUUGAUGUUCCCUGUUGUAAUACAGUAUUGCGACGUUUUAAAGGCGCUUUUAAUACGUUCUUAACCAGAACAUAACAGGAAAUUAAAAUACUGAUUUGAAUGGAAAACGCCCGUAUUUCACACGGGGUCAUGCUUGUUAUCAAAUGUCAGUAUGUCUUUGUCUGGGUUAUAACCUAAUCCUCUCCAUUAGAAACGAAUUAUGGAACUUUGGCUGCACUGGGUCUAUCUUCUAGUGCAUUUAUUAUCAUGAUCUUGGUGUUUCUGAAAAUACAAUCAUUAACAGUCACAAUCGCAGUUUUAACUAAUGCCCGUUUUCCAUGUAUGUGUUUUCGCAGCAUUCCAGCGAAAAGGUUGGUCUAAUUCAAAUGUAAUGGAGCCGUAUCCAUGUAACCGGUGAAAACUUGCACGGGAACGCCACUGAAACGCGUACAUGUAAAUCGGAGCUUAGAUCUGCCAUCUUAUCAAGCGUAUUAAUUAUCGCGCAUCAGCGAUCCAGAAUUAUUAUAUUCAUAAUAUUAAUAUAUUCAUAAUUUCUUUUAUUAUUGACCCUUGAUAUAUAUUUAUUGCGUAUUUCAAUUAUUACAUAUUUGCAUAACUAUUAUUUGCAUAUUUAUUAUUGGCAUGUUUAUUAUUUGCGCGUUAUUUUAAUGUUUACCGUUUUCAUUGCAUAUUUUCUCUAUAUUGUAUUAUCAUUUUUACCUCUUGAGACAUUAAAGACAGCAUGACUGUGUUAAAGGACAAUAUUGGUGUCAGUCAUUAUCACAUAUGUGAUAGAGGCGUUAAAUGAUGAUUUCAAAAAACGGAAGUGACGAACUCAAAAGGAAAACACGAGAUAUCCGUCUAUAUAAAUGACUGAAGUGACGAGUGAUAACUGAUACACGGGCGAAUUUCUGCUCACUAAAAAUUCCUUCAAAGUCCAAACGUUUUUGUAUGAGACUGUGGGGGGAUAUCUGACAAUUUAAAAAAAAAAUAAUUGACUGUCACUAGAUAAGAGAAAACGAGAAAAAUAGAAAAAGUCCGUUCAUUACUAUGUUUUUAUUAAAUAUAGAAGUAAUAAAAACAAGGGAAUGUACGGACUAUUUCUAUUUUUCUCGUUUUUCCUUUAGUGACAUUCGAUUCUUUUUUUAAAUUAUCAUAUAUCCUCUCACAGCCUGACAUGACAACUUUUGGUCUUCGAAGGAAUUAUUAGUGAGCAGAAAUUCGGCCGUGUAUCUGUUAUCACUCAGGGGGGUUGGAUGGCCGAAUGGUUAGCACGUGCGCUGUACCAUAAGGCCUGUCAUUGAGUCAACUGGCAUGUUUUCAAAUCCCCGGUUGUACGUGACAAGGAGUAAGGUCGCCUGCCCAACCUCAUGUGUUUUCUCCUUGGUCCUCCGGUUUCCUCCCACUGCUAAAGACCCCUACGCGCAAGUGAAUUAUUGAAAUUAAAUUAAACCAUGUGUUAGUCCCGAAAUGACCAGUUUGUGUCGCGUGUUUUCCUUUUGCGUUCGUCACUUCGGUUUUUUUGAAAACGCAUCUAUCGUAGCAAUGAUCUGUGUAUUAAAAUUAUAUUUUUUGAACGUGUUUAACCAGUUCUAUCUCAUAUAUGAUUAUGACUGACACUAAUAUGGUCCUUUAACAACCGUAUUUUUAUUAUUUAGAUAAGAGAUUCUAAUAUGUUUAAUCAUUUUGCCCAGCUAUAUAGUACGCUGUAUUUUAUAUUCAUAGUUUUAUUCAGCUAACUAUUGCGCUCAUUCAAUGUUUUAGACAUUUCAAAUAUAUUUUGUUUUAAAAAUAAUUUAUAAACUAGAUAUUCGUAAAUAGCACUAUAAGGUAUAAUUGAUACAAUAGACCUAUGUUAAUUAUCAUCAAUAAUUAUACCGUUGUACCAAGUAUUAAAGAUCGUUCACGUUCGAUAAAAUAAUCUUUCAUGUUCAUAUCGAAUGUGAGGAACAAAUAACUUUCAGAUCUCUCGAAAUAUGGUUACAUCAUAACCUCCAUUUUAUAUAAUGAGAACGCAUCUCAAGCUUUUUAAUUAUCGCGCAUCAGCGAUAAAUAUUCAUAUUAAUAUAUUCAAAAUUAUUUUUUAUCAUUUGCACAUGUUGUUAUGUAUUUUGUGUAUUUGCAUGUUUACUAUUUUCAUAAUUAUUUAUUUACUAUAUUUUAUAUGAUCAUUAUUACCUCUUGAGACAAUAAAGACACUAUGUCU